AUGAGUGCUGCUCAAAGUCAGAUGACAAUGGAAGCCAAACUUGGAGUCCUGCAGUGCCACUUCACCUGGGAUCUGGACCCCAGCAGGUCCGAACUGUUCCGUCUCAGGGACAUGCUUGAGGACAUCGGCACUGAGGAGGGAUACAGCUGGCUGGGUCACAUUUACAACCUGCAGGGGUACAUUCACUACCAGCUGGGUUUCACUGAAGAUGCCCGGCGUUUCUUCAGCAGGGCUGCAGAGGCUUUCCGCCAGAUGAGAAACACUGUCUCAGAUGAAGGUCCCUGGUUGGUGGUGAACUAUGGGAACCUGGCUUGGCUGCACCACCAGCUGGGAGAACAAGCAGAGAGUCAGACUUACCUGUCAAAGGUCAACACCCUGUUGAAAGAAUACCCAUCUCCAUCAGAGGAUGAGCUUCAUCCAGAGAUCUACGCUGAAAAAGCCUGGACCCUGAUGAAGUUUGGCAGAGACAAAACACUGCUGGCUGCACAUUGCUUCCAGAGAGCCAUCAGGAUGCAGCCAGACAUGGUGGAGUGGCAGACCAGUCAUGUGAUGGCAUUAGUGAAUGUUUAUAGACACAGUGACAAACCACUGGAGGAAAACAUCCUGGAGAAAAUGAAAAUCGCCAAAGAGCACGAUCCAGACAACUUGUACCUUGCUGCUCUGUACCUUAAAGCAUGUGCAAAGAAGGGAAGAAAAAUUGAAGAUGAAGCACGUGAGUUGGCCAAAAGGGUUUUAAGAAAACCUGUUAGCAGAUACAGUGGUAUAAGACCUUUACUAACACUGUACAGACUCUAUGUAUCUAUGGAUGAGGCGGUUGAUUUGGCAGAGGAGGCUCUGGAAAGACAUCCAGAUGAACGUCUUCUGAAAUGGUAUGCUGCAAACUGCUACAAAUGGAGGGUUUAUUCACACAAGGAUAAUCCCUUGGAGCAAAGAAUGAUAGACAGAGCAAUCAGUCUCCAUAAAGAAGUGAUCUCUCUUUACCCUGAUUCUUCACUUAAAGUAAAAAUAGCUCUAGCAAACAUACAUGCACAGUCGAAUCAUGGCCAGGAUGAUGCUGACCAGAUUUACCAGGAUCUACUGGAAAGUGAUCUGGAACCUGCAGACAGACAGAUGCUUUACAACUGCUAUGCCAAGUAUUUGAACUUCAUUCGAAAGGAAAGCUACAAGUCAAUAGAAUAUCACAUGAAGGCAGCAGCAAUACCGCAUCAAUCUCCCCAUUAUGAGAGCAGCAUCAGUAUUUUGGAGAGGAUUAAGGAAAGAAACAGAAACCGAAUGUGUAGAGAAAUUGAAGAGUUUCUUGCUAACUUGUAAGACUAAGAGCCAAUAAUAAAGAGGAAACAUUUACUGCCCUUCA